GGGUUGAGAAUGCCUUUUCAGUAAACGAUGAGUUGAAGAUUCCUCCAAAAUAAUUUUCAUGCACAACUGUUUGCAUUAGCAAACAGUGGGAGGAAAACUCUAGGAGGGGCAUGAAGUUAUAGGCAGAAGUUAAUGGAAAGCUGAGGAAUAUUGUAGAUUUGCAGUCGUCAGAGUCUCCAUGGGUUGUCUUUUUUAUGAGUGUCUGUGUGCCCGCGUGAAUGGGUGAAGGUGCUCUGGAGGCCAGCAGAGGGCGUCCGGAUCCCUGGAACCGAGCCACCCGAUGUGGGGGCUGGGAAUGAGAAACUCCAGUUCGCUGCUAGAAAACCAACUACAGUGGUGAGGGGCUGCUGUGGCUGUCAGGAUGGCAGAGGAGCAGGAGUUUGCCCAGCUGUGCAAGUUGCCAACACAACCAUCCCAGUCAAACUGUGUGAACAAUACCUAUCGAAGCACACAGCACUCCCAGGCCCUGCUCCGGGGCCUGCUUGCUUUGCGAGACAGUGGGAUCCUCUUUGACGUUGUCCUGGUGGUAGAGGGGAGGCACAUUGAGGCUCAUCGAAUUCUGCUGGCUGCAUCAUGUGAUUAUUUCAGAGGAAUGUUUGCUGGGGGAUUGAAGGAGAUGGAGCAGGAAGAGGUCCUGAUCCAUGGUGUGUCUUACAAUGCCAUGUGCCAAAUCCUGCAUUUCAUAUACACUUCUGAACUAGAGCUCAGCCUGAGCAAUGUGCAGGAGACCCUGGUUGCUGCCUGCCAACUUCAGAUCCCAGAAAUUAUCCACUUCUGCUGUGACUUCCUCAUGUCAUGGGUAGAUGAGGAGAACAUCCUCGAUGUCUACCGCCUGGCAGAGCUCUUUGACCUGAACCGUCUGACCCAGCAGCUGGACACCUACAUCCUCAAAAAUUUCGUGGCCUUCUCGAGAACUGACAAGUACCGCCAGCUUCCCUUGGAGAAGGUCUACUCCCUCCUCAGCAGCAAUCGCCUGGAGGUUUCUUGUGAGACUGAGGUGUAUGAAGGGGCCCUGCUCUACCAUUACUCCCUGGAGCAGGUGCAGGCUGACCAGAUCUCACUGCAUGAGCCCCCCAAGCUCCUAGAGACAGUGCGUUUUCCCUUGAUGGAAGCUGAGGUCCUUCAGCGGCUACAUGACAAGCUUGGCCCUAGCCCACUGAGGGACACAGUGGCCAGUGCCCUUAUGUACCACCGGAAUGAGAGCCUGCAGCCCAGCCUUCAGGGCCCACAGACAGAGCUUCGCUCAGACUUCCAGUGUGUUGUGGGCUUUGGAGGCAUUCACUCCACACCAUCUACAAUCCUCAGUGACCAGGCCAAGUACCUGAAUCCCCUGCUGGGAGAGUGGAAACACUUCACUGCCUCUCUGGCUCCUCGAAUGUCCAACCAAGGCAUCGCGGUGCUCAACAACUUCGUGUACUUGAUUGGAGGGGACAAUAAUGUCCAAGGAUUCCGAGCUGAGUCCCGAUGCUGGAGGUAUGACCCGAGGCACAAUCGCUGGUUCCAGAUCCAGUCCUUGCAGCAGGAACACGCAGAUUUGUGUGUGUGUGUCGUGGGCAAGUACAUCUAUGCUGUGGCCGGCCGUGACUACCACAAUGACCUGAGUGCCGUGGAGCGCUAUGAUCCUGCUACCAACUCCUGGGACUAUGUGGCCCCACUCAAGAGGGAGGUGUAUGCCCAUGCAGGCACCACACUGCAGGGAAAGAUGUACAUUACCUGUGGUCGCAGAGGAGAGGACUACCUGAAGGAGACACACUGCUACGACCCAGGAAGCAAUACCUGGCAUACUCUGGCUGAUGGGCCUGUGCGACGUGCCUGGCAUGGCAUGGCUGCCCUCCUCGACAAGCUGUUUGUGAUUGGAGGCAGCAACAAUGAUGCUGGCUACAGGAGGGAUGUGCACCAGGUGGCUUGCUACAGCUGCACAUCUCGGCAGUGGUCAACAGUUUGCCCACUCCCAGCUGGGCAUGGCGAGCCUGGUAUUGCUGUACUAGACAACAGGAUAUAUGUGCUGGGUGGCCGCUCCCACAACCGAGGCAGCCGCACAGGCUACGUGCACAUCUAUGACAUGGAGAAAGACUGCUGGGAAGAGGGACCCCAGCUGAACAAUUCCAUCUCAGGCCUUGCAGCCUGCGUGCUCACCCUUCCCCGCUCCCUGCUCUGUGAGCCACCCCGAGGGACCCCCAACCGUAGCCAGGCAGAUGCAGAUUUCGCCUCUGAAGUAAUGAGUGUGUCCGACUGGGAGGAGUUUGACAACUCUAGUGAGGACUAGGGCUCUCAUGCCUUGUUUUUGGGAGGGGAUAACAGGUGGUGAUGGCCAUAGGGUCUGGGUUAGAAUACCAGGCUCUGGGGUAGGGCCCUUCCCAAGCCUUCCUGGUUCACCAGCUGCCCUUUCCACUGUUUCUUCAACCAGCCUGCUGCCAGCAUUUGCAAACUCUGUGGCUGUGAAUUAUAUUACAAAGAAAAGUGCUCUGGAAAGGCUGGCUAUCCUCUGAGGGAGUAAUCAGGCCCAUCCUCUGAAUUCUGAAGGGCUGCUGUCUUGUUUGGCCUCUUCUUCCCCUUAGUCUGUUCCCUGAUGGGUUAAGUAAGGUCCCUUCUGCAAGAGGUCCUGGGUCUAGCAGUCAUAGCUGUGGUCAGAGCUCAUGACUCCUUUCUGUGAACCACAUGAUCUAGUGAGCAGCUCCAGCUGCCUGCAGCUAGGCCUUGAGCAGCUGGGGAACUCUUAAGGUACAGAGGAUACUGUGUACCUGGAACUGGUCCUAAGGAUGAAGAGAUGCCCCAUAGCUGUGUGUUUCUGACCCAGUAUUGUUGAAAAAAAAAUGAAAUAAAACAUUAUGC